AUGCACAAAUCAGUAAUGCAAACGACUGUCAUCAAGCCUGAUUAUGUGCAUUAUAUUAAGCAUGAUAUGUCCUGCAUAGCCGGUGAGAAUCGACUUCCAAGACUUCCUUUACCAUCGAUUGAGUAUAUCGCCAUGACUACCGAAGAGAGGCUGAACCAAAUGCGUGGCUACAAGGCCACUUUGAGCAACCCCAACGUCUCCGACGAGGCAAAAGAACAUGCAGAGCAAAUGCUGCAGGAGCUUGGCGGUAAUCAACCUCAAGAGGAGAUCCAUCACGCCCAGGGCUACGGUAAAGACCCGAUGAGAGUAAAUGCGGGCCUUAAGGCUGCGCAGCAGAACCCAAACGUGAGCCAAAGCGGCAAGCAAGCUGCAGCAGAGAAGUUGGAUAGUCCGGGCGACUAA